CCGGCAAAAAGAGGGGGGUGUCUCUUUUCCCCCUCUCCUCCCUCCUUUGUCUCCCUCCCUCUCUCUGAGUCAGACUGCAGAGCUGUGAGUCUGAAGCAAAGGCUCCAUGGAGAGGAGAUAUCGUCUCUACCAGACACACAUUGCCUGAGAGAGAAGAAAAAAGAAGGAUUCCCUUCUUUCUCUCCCUCGUUGAGGAACAGAGGAUGAAUGGAGAAGCGAUGGACAUGUCCCUGGAGUCAUCAUCCCCGGUGGUGGAGAAAAGCACCGUCGGGGGGAUUUCAGCGGCACCAGAGCCGGCAUUCACGAUGGCAGCAGCCGGUAACGGCUCCCUGCCUCCUCCGCCCACCAUGGCCCCGGCCAUCCCACCCUACGUCAAGCUUGGCCUCACUGUGGCCUACACUGUCUUCUACUCUCUCCUCUUUGCCUUCAUCUAUGCCCAGCUGUGGCUAGUGCUCCGAUACCGACACAAGCGCUUCAGCUACCAGACGGCCUUCCUCUUCCUGUGUCUGCUGUGGGCCGCGCUGCGCGCCCUCCUCUUCUCCUUCUACUUCCGCGACUGCGUCACGGCCAACACGCUGGGGCCCUUCGCCUUCUGGCUGCUCUACUGCUUCCCCGUCUGCCUGCAGUUCUUCACGCUGAGCCUCAUGAACCUCUACUGCGCCCAGGUUUACUUCAAGGCAAAGUCCAAGUAUACCCCAGAGCUCCUUAAAUACAAGCUCCCUCUCUACCUGGUCUUCUUGGCGGUCAGUCUUCUCUUCCUGGUGGUCAACCUGGCCUGUGCCCUGCUGGUUAAGAUGACCGCCACCGAUGUCAAGACCAUUGUCCUGGUCAGAGUCACCAUCAACGAUACGCUCUUCGUGCUCUGCGCCGUCUCACUGUCCAUCUGCCUUUACAAGGUGGCUAAGAUGUCCCUGGCCAGCAUAUACCUCGAGUCCAAGGGAACGUCGGUGUGUCAGGUGACUUUGAUUGGCGUCCUGGUGGUUCUGCUGUACGCAUCACGGGCCUGCUACAACCUGGUGGUGCUUGCUCUGACCGACAUCGAGACCAUCAACUCUUUCGACUACGACUGGUACAACGUGUCCGACCAGGCUGACUUGAGGUCCACUCUGGGAGACGCUGGCUACAUCGUGUUCGGGGUGAUCCUUUUUGUCUGGGAACUGCUGCCAACCUCCCUGGUGGUCUUCUUCUUCAGGGUCCGCAGGCUGCCACAGGACAGGAGUGGAUCAGGGAUCCCAAACCAUGUGCUCUCGUCCAGAGGUUACUUCUUUGACAACCCCCGUCGGUACGAUAGCGACGAUGACCUGGCGUGGAGCAUCCCUCCUCAGAACAACUCCACAAGCCUAAUUACAGACUGCUACGACUGGGGCAGCCACAACAGCAGUUUCACUGUCCAAACAGGGACGGACGAACAACGGUUGGCACCAGUGACGGGAGAGCUUCGUCCAUACUGAGACAUGAGUCCAGGGUCGGGGUCAAUUUCAUUUCAAUUCAUUCAAAGCAGGAAGCAAAAAUUCAAAUUCUCCUAAUUGAAAAGCAAAAAAUGUUUUGGAAUUGACCAACUUUGAACCAGUCCACUGCACUGUACAGCACCGCAAUGCACUUUGUAAACUUUGACAGCAUCCGUAUUUUGUCCAUCAGCCAACGUACUGCAUUAGUCACUUAGUGAUAAUGUAGACCAGUGGUUCCAAAACUAUUUCACUCGGGGCCCCGUUCCAUCAUUGGGGAACCUCCCAUUAGCUGACAUGGGCUCAUUGAUCUGGACAUUUCUGACAAGUUUUAAAUAGCUCUAAGGUAUGCAAUUAAUGACAAGAGGAAAACGGAUGAUACACUACACAUAAUUGUGCCUUGUGCAUUCUACUAUUACAACUUUCAAGAGUAAGUUGUAAGCCUGACUGAGUUCCUCAACAACAACAAAACCUCUGUGUCCCCCUAUCGACCGCCCCACAGUUUGGGAACCACUGAUAGACAUUUUAGAAAGUCAUCUAGAAAACCUGUGAAAUAAACCCAUACUAUAAGCUAGCACUAAGUCAUGCACAAACAUAUACAUCAAGGUAGCUGACCUUAGACAAUAUCAACAAUCGAAAGCCUGUAUAUAACAAUGAUACAAAUACAGAAACAAAAUCAUGUCAUAUCUAUAUCUGCAGUAAAUAUGACUAUGAACAUACAUUAAUUUAUUGGUGAUGUAAUGGUGAAAAAAAAUUGGAUUCUAUAUUUCUAACAGGAAGUUGUUUUUUAAUGUAAUUUGUAAUGAAGAAAGUUUCACUGAUCAGACGCUCUAUUGUGUCCGCUUUUCUGUCUGUAUCGUGUUCGGUAUUGACAAAAACAUGAAUAAAAGGACAUUUGUGUUGACAGCUUA